UCUGCGUUAACUUCCGCGAGAGCUCUUGUGCUGGCUUCUCAGGCCUCCAGCCCACCAGGUGUCCCCGGUACUCUUGUAAACAGAGAGAAUCGGGGUUCGAGUCCCUGGCUGCGUCCAGGUCGCUAUUUGAAUGAAGUCGGCAGAUCACCUUUGAUACAUCGCAGAAUGGAGGCGGUGAAGAGUGAGCGGGAGCGGGGGAGCCGACGAAGGCACCGGGACGAGGACGUGGUGGCGGCGGCGGCGGUGGUGGUGAAGCAGGAGCGGCUCAGUCCGGAACCCGCGCCUCCGGCCCACCGCCGUCCAGACUGCUCUGGCGGUAGCUCGUCCCCGCCGGCCGGCGAGCCGGGCCGCCCCAGCCACCGCGGAAACCGAGCCCGAGGAGUUAGCCGGUCCCCAGCCAAAAAGAAAAACAAGUCCUCAGGGAGAAGAAGCAAAUCUCGGAGUAAGAGAAGCCGAAGUCCUCACCACUCGACAGUCAAAGUGAAGCAGGAACGUGAGGAUCAUCCCCGGAGAGGACGUGAGGAUCGGCAGUACCGGGAACCAUCAGAGCAGGAACACAGGAGAGCUAGGAACAGUGACCGAGACAGACACCGGGGCUAUUCCCACCAAAGGAGAAAAUCUAAUGAGAGGCCUGGCAGUGGGCAGGCUCAGGGACGGGAUCGAGACAUUCAGAAACUGCAGGCUCAAGAAGAAGAGCGAGAGUUUUAUAAUGCUAGGCGUCGGGAGCAUCGCCAGAAGGACGAAGUUAGUGGCAGUGGUAAUGAGUCUCAGGAGUUGGUUCCUCGGCCUGGUGGAAACAACAAAGAAAAAGAAGUGCCCGCUAAAGAAAAACCAAGCUUUGAACUUUCUGGGGCACUUCUUGAGGACACCAACACCUUCCGAGGUGUAGUCAUUAAAUAUAGUGAGCCCCCAGAAGCACGUAUCCCCAAAAAACGGUGGCGUCUCUACCCGUUUAAAAAUGAUGAGGUGCUUCCAAUAAUGUACAUACAUCGACAAAGUGCUUACCUCCUGGGUCGACACCGCCGCAUUGCAGACAUUCCAAUUGAUCAUCCAUCUUGUUCAAAGCAGCAUGCGGUCUUUCAGUAUCGGCUUGUGGAAUAUACUCGUGCUGAUGGCACAGUUGGUCGAAGGGUGAAACCAUACAUCAUUGACCUUGGCUCAGGCAAUGGAACCUUCUUAAACAACAAACGUAUUGAGCCUCAGAGAUACUAUGAACUUAAAGAAAAGGACGUACUCAAGUUUGGGUUCAGUAGCAGAGAAUAUGUCUUGCUCCAUGAGUCAUCAGACACUUCUGAAAUAGACAGGAAAGAAGAUGAGGAUGAUGAAGAGGAGGAAGAAGUGUCUGACAGCUAGCAAAACUAAGAACCUAAAUUAUUGAGACACCUUUUUUUUCUUGGAAGGCUUUGACUCAGAGAGCACUGUGGGGCUCUCUGUAAUGCCUCUUAAUGCCUUAAGUCUUUCCUCUGUUGCUGACCAGCUUAUGUUACAGUUUAUGAACACUGAUUUAUGUUUUGUUGAACCUUUUUCUGGGGCACAUCAGCCACAUGCCUGGGGGCAUUUGUUUUCAGAACAGUCUCACCAAUUAUAGCACAUCCAUGUUUUAAUAGAAGUGUUGUGGCUUUAGUUGGUCCUUUCAGAACUGCUGCCUAGGAAACUGUAAACGCUUGGUUAAGGGGGAAUUAUGGCUUGUUCUCUUUGUACAGUUAACUUUAUUUAUAUAGUUGUUUAAGCUUUGUGGACCAGGUGUGUUUGUUUUGGGGGCAAACCCCUGAGCAGAGAAUCUUACUAAGCUUUGGUUAUCACCAAAACAGUCUCCUCUAUAUACCAAAGCUUUGACCUGGUUGAGCUCUUGAGUCAUAUAAGUUGAUUUUGCACUUAGGUUUUGGGGGUGGGAAUUUACUGCAGCCAAUAAACAUUAUUGACUAUUUAACUUAAACAGAUGCUUUAAAGCACCUGCUUAAGCCUACAGACUACACAGAAGGAUCAUGGCAACUACCAACGGGUGCUGAUUUAAUGUCACGGAAGAGUGAAAUGGGUUGUGGAUCUGAUCUCCACGAGAGAAUCCCUGAUUUCUCCAUGGAGCAUGUACAUAACAAUUUUGAUCAUAUUAACUGUUCUUCAGUUUUGUAUUUUUACUCAAAUGUUAUCUCCUUUUUUCUUUGAGAAAUACACUGUCACUUAUGUGGCAGGGUCCUCAUGUUAUUCUAACAACAUGUGUAUAUGUCUAAAGGAAGUUGUUUUGUUUACAUAUUUCUAAACAUUUCAUCUUUAAAAAAAUUGUUCAGAGAGGUUGUAUUUACCUUCCCAAGGCUAGAAAGCAAGGGAAUUACCCAUGUUUCCUAAUUUUCCACCAGAGGAAUAUGUGUAAGUAGAAAAGUAUUCACUACUUACAUAUAGUGUGUAUGUAUGUACAUAUAUAAAUUGUGUGUUAAAGAGCUGAUACUGAUUUUCAUAUGACAAUGUUAGGCAAAGGUCUCCCUGCAUUUUAAGAGCAGGUUUUCAUUUAUAUGUAUUUUUGAGAUAGAAAAUAAAAUUUGUAAAUAUAGCCCCAUUUCAAAGAGUAAUACUUUCCUAGCAUAGAAGACCUUGUUUUCAUAGGUCUGUUUGCUGCUAAAGGGGACUUUGUAUAUCAGUAUUUUUAAGAUAAAAAUAGAUAACUAUAUGGGGUAUUGUGGGACAAGUCAUAUGCAGUUGGCCUUCACAUCAGUGAGAUACCAGUCCUGCUAUUUCAUCUUCAGGUGGUGAUGGGGGGGGGUUGGAGAGAAAGGAGAUGAUACAACUCAAUCAGUACUGCUACUGACUGUUCCCUUUGGAUUGAAACUUCUGAUGCUAUUAAAUUAGAUUAUCUUCCUUUCAAUUGUUUUUACAUUAUGAUCUCACAUACCUGUAUGCUCUGGGCUAAAGGUUGGCCAGUGUGGGGAGGGGCAGCGAAUUUUCAUUCAAAAUAAUUAAAAGAUCCUGUUUGAAGAAUGAACGCUUAAUAAGAUCAUUACAUGAAAAGAUGAAGGGUGUAUUCUACAUUGGCUACCAUAAUUGCUAUUUUCCUCACUUUGAUAUGUGCCAUUGAUCACAUAUUACGUAUGUGCAUGUCUAAGAAGAUUUUAUUUUGAUGAAUUUUUACUUGAUCCAGACUGAUGGUUUUCUCUCUUCUGGGAUUAGACACUAGUCUGGUAUUUCAUUCCAGGGCCUCCUUGAUCAGUCUGUGCUGCUAGUACUGCUUCCUGGUAGCCUUGGUCUUUGCCUCAAACACCAUCUUGGUGGGCAUUGUGCUAGAGGCCCUGACUGUAUAGUUAACUUUUGCUUUAGUGGUGGAAUAGCUUCCUGGAUUAAGAGAUUUUUCAUGCUACACAUCUGGAGAGGUGUUCUUUUGUUUUUGUUUUCGCCUUCCCACUCUUUUUGAAGAAAGAACAUCAAAGCAAAGAUACUACUCAUCUCCAAGGAGAGAUAUCACCAGCAGACUUCUCAUGUGAAGUUGACAUAAUGCUAAAGCUUUCUUCUUGAAUUAAUGCAUUCUGAUUAGGAACUCGUGCUCAUCUUAGCUAUUUGCACCUUCGUCAUUACCUUUUCUUCACUGUGGCUUGUUUGCCACAAGUCAUUGUUGUCAAAAUCAAAACAGCCCUUUGUUUCUGAGCCAUACCCCUAAGUCCUCUAUGGUGGUCCACAGUUCUGUAGAGGUAUGGGACAGAAUCUUCAGAUUUUUCCCCUGGAGUCUCUUCCUAGAUGUAUCCUGGUUUCCUCAUUCUAAUAUUGACAAAGGACAGCUCAUUAGGUGCAACUGGUGAUGUGAUGUAGCUUUCAAAUACCUUUAUUGUGUCCUGGUGAUAAGCUAAAGCAGAAAUAAUCAAUUGAGAUACUAGAAGAUUUUUAAACAGUUUUUUAAAUUGUAUUAAGUAUGCCAAUAUACAAUAUAGCUUGGUUUGAAAAAGCUUAGAAUUUAAGUAUAUAUUUCAGGUUGAUUAUCAUUUGAUACAUUGCACAGGUGGUUAUAUUUUUUAACAUUCUUCCCAUUAUGGACAUGAGUUGUGCAUCUGAGGAACAAAAUGAUGUCAUGUUAAUUGGAAUCUAAAUGUGCACACAACACACCAGCAAUGCUUGUGAAAUAAUGUUCUAAGCCCACAUGUUCCUGGGUAUGUGAGUUUAUGUCAAGUGAAAAGGCUACUUAAUUUAAAUUAAAGCUUUGGAAUUUAAAGCUUCA